AUGCCACCGAAGCUCCCGAUUCUCGUUAGUUCAGCAGCAGCGUCGAUGCUGUUGGCGCACUACGCACCUGCCUACGCCCCUGGAUCACGUCUUCAGACCUUCUUUCUCAUUGCCUUCACCGAAUUCAUCGCUUGGGCAACAUGGAGAGUCAUCAUAUACCCAAAUUUUAUAAGUCCUCUGAAGGGCCUACCUGAGCCUUCAGGAGGCAGUUGGUGGAAUGGUCAAGCGUCAAUAAUCAUGGCGCAGCCUUCUGGUCAUCCGAUGCGUGAAUGGAUAGGUGCGAUUCCGAACGACGGUCUCAUCAGAUAUACCAAUUGGUUCAACUCCGAGAGAGUGCUCUUGACGAAUCCAAAGACUCUUGCAGAGGUUCUCUCGAGCAAAAACUAUGAGUUUAUCAAACCGGCACAUUUCCUCGAUAUCAUCGGUAAGAUCCUAGGCAUAGGAAUCUUAUUCGCAGAGGGCGAUGAACACAGGACCCAACGCAAGAACCUCAUGCCCGCAUUUUCGUACAGACACAUCAAAGAUCUUUAUCCUGUAUUCUGGUCAAAGUCAACAGAAAUGGUCGAAAGAAUGUCCACUGCCAUACAAGAAGAUUUUCCUCGGGAUGGAAGCGCGGCCAAUGUCGUCGAAGUCAGCGAUUGGAGCAGUAGAGCCACACUGGACAUCAUCGGAGUCGCCGGUAUGGGGCGCGAUUUUGAGGCUCUCAAGAACCCAGACAACGAACUGAGCAAGACCUACAAGAACAUCUUCCACCCACCCAAGUCUGCCAGAUACUUGCAAGUCGCCGGCAUGUUCUUGCCUCGGUGGUUCCUCAAGAGUCUGCCGCUCAAGCGCAACGAUGAGAUUUCAGAAGGGUCUGCUCUCAUCAAGCAGACCUGUCGCGAUUUGAUCGCUGCUAAGAAGAUCCGCAUGGAAAAGGGCGGUGCAGAUGAGACGGACAUUCUCAGUGUUGCUCUGAAAAGUGGAAGUUUCGAAGACGAAAACCUCGUCAGCCAGAUGAUGACUUUCCUCGCCGCGGGACACGAGACUACGAGUUCAUCCAUGCAAUGGGCCAUUUAUAUGAUGUGCCGCCAUCCUGAUGUGCAGACCCGUUUACGUGAUGAGAUACACUCCAAAUUGCCCUCGGUUCGCGACGCCCAGGCUCAGAUUACUGCUGCUGAUAUCGACAAUUGCCACUACCUCCAAGCAGUCUGCAAAGAGACUCUUCGCCUCUGGGCUCCUGUAGCUUUGACCAUGAGGGUUGCCGCUCAAGACGAAACCAUCAACGGUCAUCCUAUCCCCAAGGGAACGCUCGUGGUCCUUGCCCCACUUGCAAUCAACUGUAGCAAACACCUCUGGGGCGAUGACGCUAUGGACUUCAAGCCGGAGCGCUGGUUGACGGAUGGUGUCAGUAAUAAGAACGGCGGUGCCGAGUCCAACUACAGCUUCAUGACUUUCCUCCACGGGCCGCGGUCGUGUAUCGGGCAAGGGUUCGCCAACGCCGAGUUUGCUUGUCUUCUUGCAGCUUGGAUUGGUAAGUUUGAGACGGAGUUCGAAGACAAGGAUUAUGUUCUGGAGGUCAAGAGUGGCAUCACCUCUCGACCUAAGAAUGGCUUGCGGGUCAAGUUGACAGAGGUCGAGUGGUAA